UCAUAAAAACCCCGAAAGGAGAAUAGGAGCGUUUUUCUCUCGCGUCCGAAAUGGAGCUAACCUACCAAACGUUGAAAUCUACUUAUCAGGCCAAAGAGGCGGAAGAGAUGCGAUCAGAAGCCCGUCGAAAAAACCUCCUCAUUCUGAUUUUACAUUAUUUAAUGGAUGAAGGUUAUGUCGAUGCUGCAAACGCAUUGGAGCAAGAAUCGAAGCUGGGCUUGCGGCGCUUUGAAGUUUGCGACAAUGUUGACCUUGAGACUAUUUUGAUGGAAUACGAAAGCUACUACUAUGUCAAAUUCCAGAAGUAUCCAAAGAUUACCAAAAAAGCCUUAGACACCACAGACAACAAAUCAAGAGUUGGAGGGAAACAAAAAAGGGCAACAAGCAGCACAUGUCGAAAUCUUCCUAAGAUUCACCCGGCAAAUCAGAGGCCACUUUCGAAAAGUAUUUCUCGUAGGACAGUCGAGCCAAAACAUUCCAUCAAGGAUAGUCCUAAAGAGGAGAGUGAAGACGCUUUUGCCCGAGUGCCAUCUGAGUUUGGUUUAAACGUGUCUGCAAUCCAGAAAGGAAGUGGAGAAGGCACUCAUCCUAGGAGGGGCCAAAUCAUCGAUUUUCGUGGGAUGAUCCAGGAUGCUAUCAAAGGAGCAUCAAAUGAAAUUGCUGUGAACAGCCUUAACUGCAAUCCAGAUCCUUCGGAACGGUUAUUAAAACCUCUGGGUGCCUUUAUUGGGAUGACUGGUGAAAUGAGAGAACUUGCGACAGUUGUGAGCAGGGAUAUCUACCUCCACAACCCGAAUGUAAAGUGGGACGAUAUCAUUGGCCUCGAUGCAGCCAAGCGGUUGGUCAAGGAAGCUGUUGUGUACCCAAUCAGGUAUCCACAACUGUUUACUGGCAUCCUCUCUCCAUGGAAAGGACUAUUGCUCUACGGGCCCCCAGGUACUGGGAAGACUUUGCUAGCCAAAGCUGUUGCCACUGAAUGCAACACAACCUUCUUCAACAUCUCGGCAUCCACCAUCGUCAGCAAAUGGAGGGGGGAUUCAGAAAAGCUUGUGAGAGUGUUAUUUGAACUUGCCCGCUACCAUGCCCCCUCCACAAUCUUCCUGGAUGAGCUGGAGUCCGUCAUGAGCCAACGAGGCACAGUCCCAGGCGGUGAACACGAAGGAAGCCGGAGGAUGAAAACGGAAUUAUUGGUGCAGAUGGAUGGCCUGGCCCGGUCGGAUGAUCUUGUCUUUGUUUUAGCGGCUUCCAACCUGCCCUGGGAACUGGAUUAUGCCAUGUUGCGCCGGCUCGAGAAGAGGAUCCUGGUGGACCUCCCGAAUAAAGAGGCAAGGCAGGCAAUGGUUCAGCACUGGCUUCCUCCCGUGAGCAACAGCGGUGGAGUCCAACUGAGGACGGAGCUAGACUACAGCUUACUCAGUCAGGAGAUGGAAGGCUACUCUGGUUCUGACAUCAAGUUGGUCUGCAAAGAAGCUGCUAUGCGCCCCGUGAGAAAAAUCUUCACUGCCCUUGAAAACCAUCAGCCAGACAGCGGGAGCUUACCUGUAAUUGAACUGGACACAGUCACCACUGAAGACUUCCUGGAUGUCAUCACUCACACAAAGCCCUCUGCUAAGAACUUGAGCCAAAAAUACACCGAGUGGCAAAAAGAAUUUGAGUCUGUCUGAACUCCACCCUCCGGCAAGUCAAGAUUUCAACCAUCCAGAUCCCAACAAAUUUCUGGGAGCCAGAGACUGAAUACUUAACAUUAAAAUGGAUAUUAUUUUUCCUUUCCAAGAGAAACAGAACAAUCCAUUCUCAAAGGUGCACACUAA